UUAAAACCUAAUUAAGCUCUCGUUGUCUGGAAAGCUCUUUCGUUUUGUUUUCUCGUGUGUGAAAGUGCGGUGUUAGAUAAAAUGGUGUGUUUAUUAUUGGAGUAAUCGUUUUCAAGUUUGUGAAGAAGCUCAGAAGCGCUAGCUAGCUAGCUCCUGCUGGCUACCUACCUAAGCUAACUCGGAAUACUUGAGCAAAAUAAAGUUUCAGACAAGUUGGAGAGCCGCUACGAUGCCGCCACGGGCUGUAAAACCAUCAUUAAUAAAUACAUGGAAGGAAAGCCAGAAGCUAAUGCCAACUAGCUCCAAAACAGCCAGAUUUUAAGGCCGUUUGGAUAGUUUUUAAGGAAUUUUCGACGCUCCAACUUUGAUUUGUGAGUGGAGGAAUGUGCUAACUUAACUUAGCGCGACGGGAGUUUGUUUGAUGGCCAGACAGCGACAACAAUGUUUUAUUUAUUGAGAUUUAAAUGCAGUGUAAUGAUUUAAAGUGUUUGUACCAGAAGUUGCGGGCUGUGGUUUGUUUUCAUACCACGGCGAUAAAUACAUGAGGUGUGUGUUUUCGAUUUGGGGUUAAACUCAGGCGGUAUGCGGCUCUGUAAUAAGACUCCAGUACCUCUGUUUUACACAGCAAGUUAAAUGAGCUGUUGUACAUAACAAGGUUAAUAGUGUACACUUCUGUUCAAGUGAGUAAAAUCAGGAGGCUGAACGGUGUUGCACCCAAAAACCUUAAUUUUCCUCUCCGGCAGUGAGUGCCGCUGUGACUGAAGGCCAUUAGCAAGACAAAGGUCGCCUCCAUGGAGCCAGCACAGGAGUCUUUGUAAAGGGCGAGGGGGGUGUAUAGACGCCCAGAGUGAAAAAGAGCCAAAUUCAGCAUUUUAUGGACGAAACCUGAGCCGGGAGUUUACUGCAAGUCUGUAUUGAUGAUGGCGGAUUUUGUUACACCGCGACACAGCGCGGUGAUGGAGAGGCUCCGCCGGAGGAUCGAGCUCUUCCGGCAGCAUCACAACAGCUGCGAGAGCCGCUACGAGAACGCGGCGCUGGAGCGGCUAGAACUGGAGAGGCAACAGACCUUCGCCCUGCACCAGCGCUGCCUGCAGGCCAAAGCCAAGCGGUCCAACAAGCACCGACAGCCCCAGCCCAGCGGCGACCAGGCCGGCCAGAGAGCGCCGGGAAGCGGCGGCGGCAGCGCCGAGCUCGGAGACAGCGGAGGGACGACGGCGGAACAGAGCCGGAACAGCACCCUGAUAGCGCUGCAGGAGACGGUGAAGAGGAAGCUGGAGAGUGCUGGUUCUCCGCUGGGCAGAGAUCAAGUCAACGGUUUCAGUGACGGUUUCCCCCCGAACAAAAAGGCCUGUCUGGACAACGGCACCAGUAACGGCUCCCCGUUGGACUCCAAGCUGGGCAUCAGCGACUCUCUGAAGUCUAAUGGGACCCACGGGCCUGCGGGGGAGUCAACGGACAGCGGCGGGGAACCAGGCUUGGACUUCCAUCGGAAGGAGAUGAAGCAGGAGCCGGAUGACAUCCUGCCCAUCAUGCCGCCGUCAGGAGGAGGCAACAACAGCCUGUUCCCCGACCUUAACCUGAACGAGCAGGAGUGGAGGGAGCUGAUGGAGGAGCUGAACUGUUCUGUGCCCUAUGAGGACAUCCAGGACAUUCUCAACGAUGGCUUUGAGGACCGGAAAGACCCUCUGGAGCUGGCACCGACUCCAGGGGGUGGGGUGGUGGGAGGAGGAGCCGGAGGAGGGGGAGGGGGAGGGGGAGGGGGAGGCCAGUCAUCCCAAGGACUACUUCCUCCAGACCUGGCUAGCAUUAAGACAGAGUUCUCCCCAGCCUCGGCAGCUUUUGAGCAGGACUCUCGCACCGGCUCCCCCCAUGUCAGGUCCACCUCCUCUGGACCUCCUCCGCACCCCACCAGCUCCCCUGUCGCCUCCUCUUCCGCCUCAUCUCCAGCUCUGCCCCCAUCCCAGCCAGUUCCUACCCCCAGGCAGCUUCAGCCUCCCCCCAACAACCUCCUCCCUCCGGGGCCCCCGGGGCCUAAAGACCUUUCCCCCGCCCAGCACCUCCAGCAGCUGGCUGCCCAGCAGCAGAGAGCCCAGAACCUCCAUGGCCAGAUGCAGCACAAACAGUCACAGUCAGUGGCCAAGUUCCACAACCAAGGGCCCCAUGCUCACCCCCCGCCUUGGCCCCAGAUGGCCAACACAUCUCAGAGCCCACUGGGGGGCGCGUUUAGUAUGGACAAGCCCACAAGUCCAUCCCUGUACCCACAGGACUUCAAUCCCAACGCCCAGAAGCAGCUGCUCAUGCCCGGUCAGCCCAACAAGGGUUCUCCCAAGGCAGGGGCCGGCGGUUACAUGCCGGGGCCCGGUGGGCACACCAACAUGCUAGGUCACCCAACUUCAGGGCCUCCUCUCAGCCACCCGCCGGCACCAGGAGCUCAGGCCCCGGCCACCAUGCUGAACUACAACAACACCAAACCCCUGUCACACUUUGAGGCGGGGCCCGGACCGCCGCGGCCCCCCAACACCCAGAAUCAGAACAAGGCUGUCCUGCUGUCGAUGCUCAGACAGCAGCAGAUUAAACAGAAGAACAGCAUGAACUUCCGCGCACACAUGCCACACACACAGGACCAGAACAACUAUCCUGCGCCCCCACAUGGCCCCGGCCCCGCCAACACCAUGGCAUCUGCGACCGGGAACAACGGCAUGGCAGCCCAGCCGGGGCCAAACGCCAUGGGAAGUAACCAUGGUAACGCACCAUACAUGAGCAGCCCGGCGGCCGUGGCAGCGGUGCUGAAACAGCAGCAGAUCCUGGAGCAGCAGAAACAGCAGCAGUAUAUGCAGAGGCAGCAGCUCAUGGCUGAACAGGAGAAGCAGCGUCAUCAGGACCAGCACCUUCAGAUACGCCUGACCCGACCUCCACCACAGUACCAGGACCAGCCAGGACAACCGGCCAAUCAGAACCCUUUCCCACAGCAGACAGUCAACCAGUUUACAGCUUCCUCUCAGCCAAUGAGCAGCGUUGGCUCCAUGGGAGGCCCCGCCCCUGGGUCGCAGCGCAUGUUCCCUCAGAACCAAGGCAUGAUGGGUAUGAACAUGGGCCAGGGCGGCGGGCCAGCUGGUGGUGUAGCUCCUCCCCCGACGGCGAGUCAGACUGACAUCAGUCUGCCGUCCUGUGGGGGCGGAGGGGGAGGCGCCGGUGUGGACGUCCAGCAGGUCCUCUACAACAACAUGAACCUUCACCCCAACCACCCGGCCCACCCACCACAGCAGGCCGGUAUGCAGCGCCAGCCUAUGGGCCCCAUGAGCGCCCCCUACAGGCAGAACCUUCUGACUCAGCAGCAGCACCUUAAGACGCAGCCCAACGCUGCUCUGCUGAAGCAGCAGCAGCUGGCUGCUACCGCCGCCCGCAUGCCGGGCUCCAUACCGAACAGCAUGGGGGCCAACAUGCCCGGCUCGAUGCCCGGCAGCAUACAGGCCGCGCAGAGCGCCCCCUGGCAGCAGCAGCUCGCCAACCAGCCACCCUCCAGUAACGCCGGCCUGCCCCCCAACGCUUUCAACAACACCCCCAACGCCUUCCACAUGCAGCAGCAGCCUCGCAUUCCCAAGAUGACACCGACCGCCGCACCCUUUGGUGCAAACCCUGGAGGUCGCCCAAUGGGAGGCCUGAACCCCGGCCAGCAGAUGAUGCAGACAAACAUGGCUGCUGCCCAGCAGAGGGCGCCACCCAACGCUCAAAGCCUGGGACAGCCGAUGGCCGGUCAGCAGCAGACUCAACAACAGCAGGCCAAUCAGAACCAGGCCGUCCUCCCCGACCUGGUGGCGUUUGGACAGCCGCAGGGCAACGGUCGGCAGGGACUGCAGUGUAACCAGGGAUACCAGGUGAGCAGGACUGCUAAUCAGCAGCAGCAGGUGUCGUUUGGAUACAACGUGGCUUCAGGGAGCUUCGCAGCAGAGAGCGACCUGGUGGACUCCCUGCUGAAGGGUCAGAGCCCCCAGGAGUGGAUGGCUGACCUGGACGAACUGCUCGCCAGCCAUCAUUAGUUAAACACACCUGUUUUCACCUGGAGCACCUGAAUCCUGCGGAGCUGAGAGGCUGCACUGCUGAACCUGCGCGGUGGCAGCGUGGGAGACGAGCCGCUGACGACUUCCUGCCACAGCCAUACCGAAAAGACUGAUUCCUUAUUUCAGACCGACAGCAGCACUGUUCUGAUCUGUCUGUGUUAGCAUUAGCCACCCAGCUAAUGAGAAACGACCACCAGUCAGCUGAUGGUUCAUGUCAGUGUGCAGGUAUAUUUGAGGUUUUUUUUUUUUCAGACACUGACCUGUGGAUGAGAUGUGUCCUUCUCUGAUAUGUUGGGACUGUAUCACAUUCUCAUUUUAUCAGAGAACGAUAAUCCCACCCACAGGUGAGCGAGCCAGCUGCCACAUCAUUGCAACGCAAUGAAGAAACGUGGAAGUUUGGUUUUCCUGCUGUUAGAGACACAGGAGACCGAUUGAGCUCCCACAGCCUCUGUCAGCAGCCACAGUCCCUGUGGGCGUUCAGCUCUCUGUUGGCCUGUUGCUCAGAGACGCUUUGGCUCAGCAGACGGAGGCUGAACCGCUCCGUCAGGCGAACCCUCGAGGUUUAAAAUAAACGAAAUCUCUCAGCUCGCUCGCUGGUAAGAAAUGAAACCAGUUCAGUGGCAGAUGAGCUGAGCCCUGAUGUGUGACUCCAUCUUCUGUGAGGAGACACCAGGUUCCAUUCAAAAAUCUGCCAAUUUAACAAUGAACUGCUCAGUGCUCAACCACACACCUGGUAGAACAGUAGGAAAAAUUCUUUCUGAUCUCAGUCAUCAUGCUCUGCUGUUAAACUCUGCUCACGCGUGCUGAAUCAUUUCAGUUUACAGCCCCGAGCUCGACCACCAGCAGAAGAUAAGUUUUACGUGUUCUAACGUGGGAGAUUCAGGCUGUUACUCAUGUUUUCUCUCAUGUUGGAGUCUGUGAUUCACCAUCUCUCCCCUGAAUGUGUCCUGGUUUCACUCAGUCACUCGCUGCAUCACGUUAAUCUGCUCUCUAACUGUCCGGUCCUGUUCUGCCUCGUGUGUGUGUGUGUGUGUGUGUGUGAUCCAGUGACACACCUGAGCUGUCGAGCUGUGACUUCACACCGAAGUCGAGUCAGUCUGUGUGUGUAUAUGUUGUGUUACACACUGCAGUGUUUAUCGAUGACUGAGCGGAGGAGUUGAACCAAGACUACUACUGAACCUAUGGCUCAGUGCUAAACCACUGUACCCUCCUCCACAGCGCCACCUACAGACCGUCAGCACGACUCUGUGAGUGUCAGACAAGUUUCAGAAACCUCGAAGUUCUUUCUCUUCUAACAAACUAGAACUGAAGGUUUUCAGAUGAGGUGAAAAUACGCAGGAAAUGAACGCAUGAGCAUGAAGCGAGCGCGUCAUUGUAAAGGACCAUACCACUGUUUUACAUCGUUCACUAAUCAGAAACACUUUCAAUGAUCACUGACCAUGUUUGACUUGCUGUCAUGAUUUUUGAGCCUGUUUUAGUUUGUUUCUCUCUCUGUGGUAUUACUUUACCAGCAGAUGCUUGAUUUUCAUACUGUAGGGAAAUAUCUGUAAACACGCUGCUGGGAACUAUUUAAAUAUCUCUAACAAUGCAGCGCGCUUUGUUUAGGGAAAUGAUCCUCAGUAUUGUAAAGUGUUUUUUUUUUAUUAUUAUCCAGACGAUCCUUUGAAUGGACUGACUGCACAGCUGAUUACUGGAAAAUGGAAAUUUCCCUCAUUGAAAUAAUCACAAAUAUGGACUUUCUGGUCCUGGAGCCAGUGUCGGAGGGAUCCCUGUGCAGGACAGUCUGCUCGGGACUCUUCAGAGAAACAUUUUCUGCAGGUGGAAGAAAGUGCUGAGUGUUUCCGUGGCCUUUCUUCCACACGCUGAAAAUCCUGUGAUUAAAAAACCAGGAUGUUUGAGUCCAGUUUUUUUGUCUUCUUUGUUACUGCUCCUCAUGUUGUCUUCAGCAGCCAGCACCUGACUCAGUCAUUCAGCUGUGCAGAGGUUUUUUGACUCUUCAUCACAGAGCAGUGAAACUGAAACACAAACAGUGAUAUGGUCCUUUACAGGUGAGUUCAGAGCUUCAGCUCCUGACCAGCAGAGACACAGGAAGCACUGCAGCUCGCACUCUCACCUUUCUGUUUGGGUUAAAAUGGAAAUGUUCUCAUCAGGGUUGGAGCUGCACUUCCUCCUGCAGCACUGACACGAGGACACACAAACAGCCUCUGUGAAAGAGUCCACAGGCCAGAGUCACCUGUGUGCAGAGGUGAGACAGAGCUGAAUCCAACGACUCAGCGAACAGGUUAGAGACAGGUCUGCAGACAGCAGGUGUAAAGUCUGAAAGGAAAACCUGUGAACCGCGAGGUCUGUGCCUGAGUCACUAAGAUCCGGGUCAUGAGGAUGUUUUAGUGACAUUGACUUUUCCUGACUCUGAUAGCGAUGCAGUUACUGAUCUGAAGUCAGUGAGAUAGAAAGCAGAAUCCUGACUCUGUGGCCUCUUUCACAGAGACUCUGAUCUAAACGCAGCUCAUGAAACAUUCGAGUGUUGAACCUGUUUCCUCCUCGUGGUUCAGACCCUGACGUGGACCUUCACUGUGGAUCUGGUUUAGAGUUGUGUCCUCACGGUUCAGACCCCAAACAUCCUGUUGACUGUUCAUCAUCCGCUCUCGGAUCUUUUCCAGCCUGUAACUGUGCGUCUGUCAUCCUGUGACCGGUGGUUCUAUCUACUGUACUGUUUUUGACUUCUUCAAAGAAGCGUAUGCAUUUUGUUUUGCAGACCUGUUGUGUAUUUUAUUUGUAAAGUUAUUUUUGGGGCUGGUUUCAUGUUUUCAUCCUCCUGCCGAACCUUCAGCUUCCGGCCCGGGCCCUGCUCGGCUCGGCCCGGCUCGGCCCGGCCCGGCUCGGCCCGGCCCUGCUCGGCUCGGCCCUGCUCGGCUCGGCCCUGCUCGGCCCGGCUCGGCUCGGCUCGGCCCGGCUCGGCUCGGCUCGGCUCGGCCUCCCGGGCCUUUCUGGGCCUCACUGUUCUGAACGGGCUCUGUGUAAAUGUCUAUAAAUAUAUUUUUUGUAUGUAUGCCUUUCCUAAUGAUCUGGAGAAGAUAGAUGUUAUUUUUAUAUAUUGCGGCCGAUGUUUUGUAAGUAUUUUAUACUUUUGAUAUGUUCUCUGUAAAACAAGAGUAUUAUGUAAAUAUAGUUCUUUAGAAACACCUUUGUUUUGCGUGUGUUUCUGUGUGUGCUGUGUUUUCACUGAGUUAACCAGGUAAACCGUGA